UGCACUGCACAAGAAACGUCUGUUUUUUUGUUACAGUGAAGUAGUUGUCCGAAAUUAAUUAUUCAGUCGGAAAACGAGAAUAUCAUAGACCGAGAGUAGGCUACGGCUGAAAAGAUUGCCAGCAUCCACGGGGUUGGAAAUGUCAGGUAGCCUUUUGAAAGAGAGCGCCGCAUGGAGGCUAUUUUGAAAAACCUAGAGAGCACCUCGGAGUUGAUAGCCAUUUCCCAGACUGAGUAUGUCAAGCGGUGGGAUGAGGGCACCGUGGAAAGGGCUUUCCAGUGGAGCGACUACUGUGAGCACAUCUAUAAGAGGUUCAACACAAACCCAACCAUUAGAACCGCAAUAGAAAACAGACUGCGACAAACCAACGAACUCCUACGAAGAACUUUCACGGAACACCGGGAUUUUACUUUUCUCGACUUGGGUCGGUGUAGAGAUGUGCUGCUGGUGAGUUUGUUGAAGAAUCCCGCGUGUCCUUGUUCUGUGAUAAAAGUUAUUUUGGGAAGUUUUAAACCAAACGAUAGAUGGGGAGAUGGUCCCGUGUCAAUGGGUUUCUCUGACCUCACUGGGUCCAUUUCUUUCAAGUCAGCUGGCGAAGUCUUACGGGCCACGAACGGAAAUAGGAGAGACACGCGUGGUUUAUGUGUGGAACCUCUGGCGAAAGGUUCGAUCUUACGGGAACACAUACAAAACCUUCUCUCACACAACGGUAAUGAAAGCCUUGUUAGGAGCCUGCUGGAUUCUCUUUUUCAGCCUGGCAGCGAGAACAGUGCUCCAGAAAUUAUUGCAGGUGUUCUUCUCUCUUGCGAAGACUUUCCGGCUCAUGAUGUCACCAGAAACUUCAUCUUCUCUUGGCUGCAGGCUAACCCAAACUCAAUACUGAACAUGUGCCAAGCGUUGCCAGUGUUGACUUUGACAGAACUGGCACAGCAGUCAGAGGGGUUUUGGCUGGCAUACAUGGGCAUACUGAAAAACUGGGCCUUGGCCCUGUCCUACGAUGUGACUGUUGGUGAAUGGGUGGCGAGUGAAGGAAGUGGUGUGCCAUUUACAGCACUCACAGAACACUUCAGAUCUUUACUUUCGAGUGGACAUUCCCUGGAAAGAGAGACACUGAGAGAGUUGCGUGAGCUGAAAGAAGGUGACGGCGGCUUUGAAGAGAGGGGUCUUAGUGUAUGGGGAGAUGUCCUGUCUGAGCUGAGCACAGGCCAGAGGUUACCCGAUGCUGCCAAUAUCCUCUGAUCUGAGUGAACUACACCCAUGAAAACUGCCAGACCAACAAAUCACUGAACAGUUCAUUCAUUUUCUCUGAUCCUAGGAAUUGAAUUAUGGAGUGGUUUACUGUUUGUUAUGUUAUAUUUUCCUGAACAUGCAAUUGAUUAAUUUAUUCCGACAUCUUAGUUUGUUCAAAUUCUCUGUGAGAAAAUAAAGUGCUCAUUUUAAUUA